GCCAAGCUCGCGUUGUGGAAAUCUGACAGAUCCGGGCGCCUUAGGAGCGCGUUGUUGAGCUAACGUCAGACGAAAAGGGCGUAGUUGUUUUUGUUGGUGGUGGCUCAGUCCUGCCUCGCCAAGAUGAUCAGGGAAGAAGACCGACAACAAAGAUACGACAGAACCACCAAGAAGGAAAAUAGGAGGCAAUAGAUGGAGUCCAUCCACAGUUUUUAAUUGGCAGUGUGAAAAGGACUCUUGGCCCUUCCUACAUCGCUUUGCCUUCAGGUUGUUGCUUGGAGCUUGAUUUUAAUUUCCCUCGACUGGCAGCAAAGUUGAACUUUGAACAUCACGUCAGAGUGAAAUCAGGAGGGUGAGGAGAUCGAAGGUGAUCGGCGACAAAGGUUGUAGUUGAGUGACGCUCGGUCAUGUUUAUGGCUGCAACUUUCAACCGCUCACAGGUGGUGGCCAGCCAGUGAGAAAUCCCUUCCACUCCACUUCCUGUUCUCCGGUCCUGCCCGGUCCACUUUGCUUCUCAGUGUGUGACGAUUCCCGUGCAAAUCACCUGACCCACUUCAGCUCCCCGUGCGGUAGACGGCCGCUGCCGUCGUCGUCGUCGUCAUGGUGCUGUCACAGAGACAAAGAGACGAACUAAAUCGAGCCAUCGCCGACUAUCUGCGCUCCAACGGAUUCGAUGGCGCGUACUCCACCUUGAAGAAGGAGGCCGACUUGGACAUGAAUGAAGACGUGGAUAAAAAGUUCGCUGGGCUCUUGGAGAAGAAGUGGACCUCUGUCAUCCGCUUACAGAAGAAGGUGAUGGAGUUGGAGUCCAAGCUGAACGAGGCCAAGGAGGAGAUGACCCACGGCGGGCCGGCCUCUCAAAAGAGGGACCCCAAAGAGUGGAUCCCGAGGCCCCCGGAGAGGUACGCCCUCAGUGGCCACCGCGCUCCCAUCACCAGGGUCCUCUUCCACCCCGUCUUCUCCGUCAUGGUCACGUCCUCCGAGGACGCCACCAUCAAGGUGUGGGACUACGAGGCAGGGGACUUUGAGCGGACGCUGAAGGGCCACACCGACUCGGUUCAGGACAUCUCCUUCGACCAGACGGGCAAGCUGCUGGCCUCGUGUUCGGCCGACAUGAGCAUUAAGCUUUGGGACUUCCAAGGCUUCGAGUGCAUCAGGACCAUGCACGGCCACGACCACAACGUGUCGUCCGUCGCCAUCAUGCCCAACGGCGACCACAUUCUGUCGGCGUCCCGAGACAAGACCAUCAAGAUGUGGGAGGUGGCCACCGGGUACUGCGUAAAGACGUUCACGGGCCACCGGGAGUGGGUGCGCAUGGUGCGGCCCAACCAAGACGGCUCGCUCAUCGCCAGCUGCUCCAAUGACCAGACGGUGCGCGUGUGGGCCGUCUCAUCCAAAGAGUGCAAGGUGGAGCUGCGCGAGCACGAGCACGUGGUGGAGUGCAUCUGUUGGGUUCCUGACAGCGCACACCCCACCGUCUUAGAGGCCACCGGUGCGCAGAACAAGAAGAGCGCCAAGCCCGGGCCUUUCCUCCUCUCGGGAUCCAGGGACAAAACUAUUAAGAUGUGGGACGUCGCCAUCGGGAUCUGUGUCAUGACUCUGGUGGGCCACGACAACUGGGUGCGUGGCGUGCUUAUGCACCCCGGCGGCGGCUUCAUCCUCAGCUGCGCCGACGACAAGACUUUGCGCAUUUGGGACUACAAGAAUAAACGCUGCACCAAGACGCUUAACGCGCACGAGCACUUUGUCACCUCUCUAGAUUUCCACAAGAGCGCUCCCUACGUGGUUACGGGCAGUGUGGACCAGACAGUCAAAGUGUGGCAGUGCCGUUGAGUCGGCAUCCCGGCCCCCUCCCGCGGUAUUCCCCCCUCCCCCCCCAGGUGACGCUUGCCCUUCGAUGUAAAUUAUUGCGGACGUCAGUCACGGCAGCACAGUGACCGCUGGUGCUCGCCCUUGCAUGGCCAAUCACUUCCUGGUUUCCAUAAGCCACACCCCCUUUCGUCGAUGUGACGAAAAGUGGGAGACGAUUGACUCCUUGUCCACAAGUGGCACCUUCCAUGGGGGAGUGCGGGCCUCAAAGUGGGUUUGUGUGAGAAACUGAAUGACGAGUUUCAAUGUGUGCUGGCGUGCGUGUUAGUGAGUGUGGAAAGUGUGUGCGACUGUGAUGUGAUGAUUGAGUGAACCCGCACAACCUCGAUGCCCGACUCACGCAUACAUGCCCAUGACCCCCCCCCCCCCACACACACACACACCGGUAGAGGAAAGCGCCUGCUCGUCACUUUGCUGCUUGUGUGCGUGUGUGCUGUCGUCCAGUGCUCGCUAGCUGCCUUGUUGACCCUCUUGAGGGCUGCUGCCUCACACGCGUGCGCACACACACACGUUCAUUCAUCUAAGAGUUGUGUAUACGUAUUUGUGGGUGUGAUGUUUGCAGGCUCAAGAAAUAAAAGGAUGUAAAUAACACUUUG